AAUCAAACCACAUUGCGUCAAUGAGUGGAAGGAAGUGAACAGUUAUGUUGGUUGAGGCGGGGGAAGUACACAAAAGACUUGAAUUCUAACACUGUUGGCAUUUCUCCAGGGAUCCGCAGCAAAAAAAAACCCAAAAAAAACACAAUGGACUGCAUCACCUUAGCCGUCCUGGUGUCCAUCUCGCAAGUGUGGGGUGCGGCCACGGCAGCCCCCAUGCCAGUGAAGUUCAAAGUCAAGUGGAUGUCCGAGCAGCUGGUAUUGAAGCUAAAAAAAAUCCAGGUUCCUGCUGGCAUGACGCUGACGCAGCCGUCCGACCAACUGGACGGGCUCUCCUCAGUGGUGGCGCUCCUGGACGGCUACGGCGAGCUCAUCUCGGACUCUCCGUACCUGUCGCAGGUGAAGACCGAGAUCUCGUCGCUGAAGGGUUCCCUGGCUUCCUUGAAGCAAAGCCGCUGCGGAGGAGAGGCCAAAGCUAACAGGACCUCCGCAGCAGGGGGAGCACUGCAGCGGUUGCAGAGUCAGCGAGGCUUCGUCCUCACCGUCAGCAUGGAGGCGCUGGUCAGAGUCAUGGAGAUCCUCACUCGGUUGCUCUCGAACAUGGAGAACCUGGACAAAUGCUGA